CGCCUCUCUAGGCCACCUCUAGCUCUGUGGUGACGGUGGCCGUAGUGGCUGUCUGGUCUGAAAAGAGUGGCGGGAGCCGCUCUACUCCCUCCACACCUACUCGGGAAGCGCGGCUCGCUUCCCCCUGGCUGCGAAGGGCUGUCGGACGCCCGGACCCCGCCACAAAGCGCAGGUUGACUUCGCGAGCCUUGCGGGCAUUGAUCCGGAGUUUUAUUGUCGAAUCUCAUCAGGUGUUUCGCGAUCCGCAGCAGCAGGUGUCGGCACCGGGAACGUCCCUUGGGGCCAGAUGUGCAGUGGACAUGCCCUUCCUAACUCCACAGAUCCAAGAUGAGAAUGAUUACAGCUUAGUGGCCAGCCUUGACAACGUUAGGAAUCUCUCCACUGUCUUGAAGGCUAUUCAUUUCCGAGAACACGCUACCUGUUUCGCUACUAAAAAUGGAAUCAAGGUUACAGUGGAAAAUGCAAAGUGUGUGCAAGCAAAUGCUUUUAUUCAGGCUGGAAUAUUUCAAGAGUUUAUAGUUCAGGAAGAGUCUGUUACUUUUCGAAUAAAUUUAACUGUCCUUUUAGACUGUUUAUCUAUAUUUGGAUCAAGUCCUAUGCCAGGGACUUUAACUGCACUGCGGAUGUGUUACCAAGGUUAUGGUUACCCUUUGAUGCUCUUUCUGGAAGAAGGAGGGGUGAUGACAGUCUGUAAAAUCAAUACUCAGGAGCCUGAGGAGACUCUGGAUUUUGAUUUCUGCAGCACCAAUGUUAUUAAUAAAAUUAUUCUGCAGUCAGAGGGGCUCCGUGAAGCAUUUUCCGAAUUGGAUAUGACGAGUGAGGUCCUACAGAUCACCAUGUCUCCCAACAAGCCUUAUUUCAGGUUAUCUACUUUUGGGAAUGCAGGAAGCUCCCACCUUGAUUAUCCCAAAGAUUCUGAUUUGAUGGAAUCAUUUCAAUGUAAUCAGACCCAGGUCAACAGAUACAAGAUUUCUUUACUGAAACCCUCUACAAAGGCAUUAGUCCUAUCUUGUAAGGUGUCUAUUCGAACAGAUAACCGAGGAUUCCUCUCAUUACAGUAUAUGAUUAGGAAUGAAGAUGGACAGAUAUGUUUUGUGGAAUAUUACUGCUGCCCUGACGAAGAGGUUCCUGAAUCAGAGUCUUAAGUAUGGCAUUCGCUGUGAUAACUAUCUUGACAUUCAUGAUCUGUCACAUUCUCGUUCUGGGUAUAGUACUCUCCAGAAUACUGGGUUUUCUGAAGGGAAGAAGCAUGGAGGAGAUAGGAACAAGGUCCAUGUACCCUAAUAGUUGCUGUGUAUUUUGUAAGUAAAUGUUUUCAUGUAGUCGUAGAUUAACCAGUACUGGACUGGACUGUGGUUCUGUCUUUUGAACUCAUGGGACUCAUUUUGAGCCAAGAUGAACAACUUAUUUAAGUAGGACACGUCAAGAGUCUAAAAAUGUAAAAUUUGGUGAUUCUGUACCUGAAAUGUUCUUUUAUUUACUUACCGUUAGAAAAAGCAGCAGCAUCUGGGCACCGAUUAUUAGUUUGACUUCCGGACUGUGUCUUAACGCGGUGGUCCUCAGAGUAUGGUGCCUGGACCGAGAGCAUCAGCAGUACCUGGAGACUUGUCAGAGAUGCUGGAGGGUGGCCAGCCGUCUGUAGCUUCAGUCAUUUCCCCCAGGAAAUUCGAUGCAUGUUCAAGUUUGAGAACCACUAUUUUGAAGGAUACGUUUAUUUUUUUGCAUUUAUAGCAUUCAAUUGCAUUGAAGUGAAUGCUGUUACAUGUGAUUUCUUCCCAAAUGUUCAGAAGUUUAUGCUUUGCCAAACAAGUGUGAGUAAUUGUAUGAUUUACCUUUAAAGUAUACAUUUUAAAGAAAUCUAUGAACAAGAUAUAAAAGUCUUCAGAGUUACAGAAUUUCUUCUCGCUCUCAGAACUGUUCAGUGCAAGAAGUACUGUAGUAAGUACUUAGAUACCUUCUAUUUGCUUAUACGCGUCUCUCAACCAAACCAAGUGUAGAAAACCAGUUAUCAAGUGAUUUUGCACUUUCUUGG